AUGGCGGCCAUACCGUAUGCCAUUCCCACCACUGAAAUACCAGUGACGCCCGGGCCCAAACCCAAAAGAACUCGAACCCGAAGAACAAUUAAGCGAACAGAUGCAGCCAAGGAAUUCCGUCUCAAGCCAGCGGACCUCGAUACCCUCACCCCUACCAGGCAGAGGGAUAAUCCAUAUGGCGGAAAAGUGACCUUUUACAAAAUCGACGAGGUAGAAGCUCUAGCUGAGCGACUUCGUGAAGACCCUUCUACUUCGCAGUCGCUAAGUCGGCCCCCAGUGACAAGGAAAAAGAAAGAUGGAUCAAUCACCAAAACUGAUGCUGAAGCUCACUAUUCCCUCCAGCCAGUUCAUUUGGAUGGGAUAAAGCCUCGUGAGGUAAAGAAAAACCCUCACGAUGAAUCUCGAAGCAUGUACAUUUACAAUGUUGUUGAUGUAGAGGAACUGGCAAAGGCAGUCCACGGGCCGCCAUAUAGGCUUCCAAAGCGACCUGCGAAGUCCUUCACGUCUUUAAUCCCGGACCUCGACGAGGAUGACCUUUACCCUGGGUAUCACAAGUGGUACUAG